UGAUGUGGCUCAAUAAAUAUACGGACUGGUUUGACCCUCUACGGUAGCCGUGGUUUUUGCGCUACGUCAUCUUCCGGCGACCAUUCACGUGUUGACAGCAACAGUAGGAGUGAGGUGUUUAAUCAGGUGUUCAACUCCUGCAGAACUUCAUCUCUCACCAAAGGAUUUCUGUCCAGCUGAUCAUCCUUCUCCUCCUCCUCUGUUCCGUCAGCCAUGAGUGACAUUGAUGACGACGUUCCUACUCUGUCCGCUCACACUCUGGCUGCCCUGCAGGAGUUUUACCACGAGACCAGGACCCGUCCUGAUCAGGAUAGGAUGGAGUCGGACCCGUUUGCUGUGGGAGCAGUGGAGGAGGAUUGGCGGAUGAGCCAGUUCUGGUACAAUGACGAGACGGCGGCACUGUUGGCAGAGGAGGUCGUCCGAGAAGCCGGAGAGGGAGGCAGGAUAGCAUGCGUGAGCGCGCCCAGUGUGUACCAGAAGCUGAAGCAGGGCGUGGUGGACGGGUCCGACAGGGUGUCGGCCUUCGUGUUGGAGUAUGACCGCCGCUUCGCCACCUACGCAGACGACUUCAUCUUCUACGACUACAACGAGCCGCUGUCCUUCCCCUCCAGCGUGGCUCCGCAGAGCUUCGACAUUGUCCUUGCAGACCCGCCUUACCUGUCUGAGGAGUGUCUGAGCAAAGUGGCCAAAACCAUCAAGUACCUGAGCAAAGGCAAAGUGCUGCUCUGCACAGGAGCCAUCAUGGAGAACGUUGCCAAAGAACUGCUGGACGUAAAAAUGUGCAGCUUUUUGCCCAAACACAACAGGAACUUGUCCAAUGAGUUCAGAUGUUUCAUCAACUAUCCUUCCAGCCUACUGUGGAGCUGAGGAUCCGAGCCUCAGGCCAUUCGCUCUUUGUUUCCAGGUGGAAGGUCCUGCCGUGGGUUGUUUUGGAGGGCAGGGAAACAGAGAAAGUGGACAUUUUUAGUACUCAUGAAAUCAGUUAAUGCAACCAUAAUCUGCAACUGCAAAUAAAUAAAGACAUUACUGUUUUUUUGUACUAUUUUAGGAAAAAAUGAAAUGCUUCCAACUUGUAUCGUGUAAAUUUGAUGCAUAUCUCAGCUGUCUUUGCUGUUCUUUCCCAUUGGAUCUACCUCAAAAGAGAAAUCUGAAAUAUGCACAUUUAACAAUUUCUUUUGUGUUCUUCACUAAAUUGAUUAUUGAAAAGGUGCAAAUUGCAAUGACAAAACCCAAGUUGUGGUAGUUUUUUAUUUAAGUCUUUCACAAAGAUCAGAAAACAGUAGUCACGAAAGGCAGCAUUUAUACGUUAGGAAUUGAAUCACUUUAUAUCUGAUAAAGUAUAGAAAAAAUUUUUUUCCAUUUAAAUAACAAGAUAAUUGUUCCCCAGUAUGCACGUCUCAGUCUGUGAAUGUCCUGAAUGUUUCUGUUUGAGAUGAAGAAUCAAAUGUAUUAAACACAUCUAAGGUAUAAUAUGACAAAAGCUAUAUAAAAGUUUCCAAGUAUUGAUACAUGAUAAGAAAUGAAAGAUUGUUUAACCAGACAAAGUUUUGAAAACAUGAAAACAUCUUGUAGAUAAUGUCUUACUAAGGUCUUCACACCCAAUGCCUUCUUGAUUUCUGAAGGAUUUUGUAGUAGUGGUAUCAGAGUAAAGGGGGGUGACCACAGAUGCA